GGACUCGCGAAAUGUUUCGGGUCCCUGUGGCAAACCACGCGCCUGGCCAUCUGUUGUACCAUGUUCCCCGGUUUUUACCAGCAAACAAUGGGAAUGAAUCACGACUUCCUAAUGGACAGAACUCGAUACACGCGACCGACUGGUUGACGGUCCCCACGGAACUCGGUUCCUUUGAGAAGAGAGACGCUAUGUAGAGUGUGACAUCGCGCGGCGCUUCUCAGGCAGUACCGCACGAAAUUAUACGGGCGCAUCUCCUUUACGAGGGUCCUCUGGGUCGCUUGUUCGUUUCCCACGUGGAUCGGCAUCCUCCGUGGGUCAAUCCUCUCUCCAAUCUCGAUCGAGUGGCAUUCAAAUACAUUCCCACGCCCCCCGAUCUUGAAGCUCCGGUCGAAUUCGAAAUUCGUUGACCCAUGCCGUUGACCAUUAAGAGCACAAUAAUGAAUCGCGAUGUGGAGAAGCGCGCUGGGGCAGAAGACCCAUCUCUCGUUGAGGAAGAAACGGGUGCAGUCUCUGCCUCAAGCUUCGCGUAUGGCAAUUCGAUGUACGCCAGGCUCCAACGACUAGGUGGGAAGAUCAAAGUUGAGCAACGAGGCAUCGAGCGCGUCCCCGAUGGCGAGAGAAAUGAUAGUUCGUACUGGAAUAUUGGCUCAAUGUGGCUGGCUGCAAAUAUGGUGGUCCCCUCUUUCACCAUUGGUGUCUUGGGGAAGCCUUUGUUCGGCAUGGGAUUCAUUGAUUCGGCUCUAGUCAUCAUCUUUUUCAAUUUUAUCGGAGUACUUACCGUUUGUUUCUUCUCCGUCUUUGGCGCUGCCUUUGGAUUGCGCCAAAUGGUCUUGUCCAGAUUCUGGUUUGGAUGGUGGGGUGUUAAGCUAAUCGCUAUCUUCAAUGUGCUAGCUUGUGUUGGAUGGGCAGCCGCCAACAUUAUUGUUGGAGCCCAGUUGAUCAAUGCCGUUAACCCAAAUGUUCCAGGAUAUGCCGGAAUCUUGAUCAUCGCGUUCUGUACGCUGAUCAUUGUUUUCUUUGGCUAUCGAGUCGUUCACACGUAUGAAUACUGGAGCUGGAUUCCAACUUUCAUUGUCUUCCUUGUGGUCCUGGGCGUCCUUGCGCAUUCGGGUGAUUUUGUCAAUGUUCCCAUGGGAGUCGGCAAGGCCGAACUGGGCGCGGUGUUGUCUUAUGGCUCCACCGUUUUCGGCUUCGGCACGGGUUACACAAGCUUCGCUGCGGACUAUACAGUCUAUCAACCCAGCAAUCGCCCCCGUCGUAACGUGUUCCUAGCCACCUGGCUCGGGAUCUUCCCAACUCUUUUAUUCACCGAGCUUCUUGGCGCUGCUCUUGCCACCGCUAUGUCUCACAAUGGUGGUGACAAUGCGUAUCAGCAGGGAUGGGAUGAUGCAGGAGUAGGCGGUCUCCUUGGCGCUCUUCUAUUCCCGCGGGUUGGUGUCUUCGGGCAGUUUUGUGUCGUGAUACUGGCGCUCUCCAUCGUAGCCAACAAUUGCCCCAAUAUCUACUCCGUCUCGCUUACCCUCAUGGUUAUGGGACGGUGGACCCAACAUGUCCCUCGAUUUGUCUGGACGGUGGUCGCUACCGGGGUUUAUAUCGCAAUUGCCAUCCCCGGGUACAGUCAAUUCGAGGCAGUUUUGGAGAAUUUCAUGCAUUUUAUCGGGUAUUGGCUUGCGAUCUACGAAGGAAUUGCUAUCACGGAGCAUUUUGUGUUUCGUCGAGGAUUCUCUGGUUACCAUCCCGAGGACUAUGACAUGCGAGAUAAACUCCCUCCGGGAAUCGCGGCUCUACUCGCAUUCUGCUGCGGUGUUGUUGGAAUGGUGACCGGCAUGAGCCAGUCAUGGUACGUGGGACCUAUCGCCAGAUCAGCUGGCCCAGCCCCAACCGGCGGCGAUGUUGGUUUUGAGAUUGGAUUUGCAUUCGCAGCAGUCUCCUACGCCAUAUUCAGGGCUAUUGAACUCAAGAUCUUUAAGAGGUAAGGCCAUUGUUUUGGUUGGAAUGAAGAAAUCAACAAUGUAUCGUUCCUUCGUCUUGCGGGUUCAUAAAGAUUUUUGGGUACCUUGCGCUAAAGUAGACGUACGCGCCUGGAUUGAGA